AUGAAACUUGCCUGCAUUGUCCUAUCUCUAGCACUAUGGGCUAAUGGGGCCUAUGCAUACAAGCGUCUCUCCCCCCAGCAAGCUGCAGAUAGUAUCAAAAAGAAAGACCUUGAUAAUUUUCUUCAGAAGUUAUAUAACAUUGCUCUCGACAACAACAAUAGCCGAGCUUUUGGACUUUCUGGCUACAAAGCCUCUCUUGAUUUUGUUCAUGAACGCUUGAGCCAAGGAGACCAGUUCGAUAUCUCUGUUCAGCCAUUCACCCAUCUCUUUUCCCAGACUCACAAGAUUGCUGUGACAGGCCCUGAAGGAGAGAACGUCGAUGCGGUAUCCCUACAAUAUAAUCAUGCUACUCCGCUGCCCGGGGGCGUAACUGCUCCGCUGGUUUUGAUCCCCAUCGACGACGAACGUGGUUCGGGCUGUUUCGAAGACCAAUGGAAUGGAAUUGAUGUUAAAGGAAAGAUCGCUUUGAUCAAGCGCGGUAAAUGCCAUUUCAUAAACAAACUCAAACUCGCAAAGGAAAACGGCGCUUCAGCGGCCAUUGUUUUCAAUGACAAUCCUGCUCAAACCGCAGGCUCCGGCUCCCUCGGCGCUGAAAAUAUUGGUAAACUUGCGCCUGUUGGUGUUAUCACAUAUGAUCAAGGCAACGCCUGGGCAGAACGACUCAAGGGUGGCGAAACUUUGGAAAUCAACUUGACCAUUGAUGUCUUGAACGAAAAGCGCGAGACGUGGCAGAUCAUCGCAGACACCAAGGAAGGCGAUCCUGAUAACAUUGUUAUUCUGGGUGCUCAUCUUGACUCUGUUCAAGAGGGCCCUGGUAUCAACGACAACGGAAGUGGUGUAGCUGCCUUGCUCAGCAUCGCCGAGGCAAUCAAGCAUAAAACUUUCAAGAACAAACUCAGAGUGGCCUUUUGGGGAGCAGAGGAGAGCGGAAUGAUCGGUUCGACAUAUUACGUGUCGAGUUUAUCUAAGGAGGAGGCGAGCAAGAUUCGAUUCUACUACAACUACGAUAUGAUCGCCUCUCCGCAACCCUACUACAUUGUAUAUUCCGACUCAGACGCCCACAAAGCUGGUGCUAAGUAUCUAUACGAGUACUUGACUGAGCAUAGAUAUCCAGCUGAAUACGCACCUUUCGGGAGUUCAUCUGAUUAUAUAGGCUUUCUCGAAUUGGGAAUUCCCUCAUCUGGUAUCUUUACUGGUGCCGGUCCGCCGCAAGAUGUCUGCUAUCAUACUGCUUGUGACGAUAUCAAGAAUAUCAACAAGGAAGCAUUUCUUAUCAAUGCAAAGGCUGCCGCAUAUGCAGCUGCUAGUCUUGCCUUGAGUGUCGAAGAUGUACCCAAGCACGAUAUCUCGAGUAUGAACCCAUUAAGCAAGCUUGGGAUAACCAGAAACAUGGCUAGAUGGGCCAAUGUUGCUUGGGGAGCUGAGAAAGUACAUAGUUGUGGGAGUGGGAGAAAAGUCUUCAUGUAA